CCAUACAUCAAGGGAACUACUGACCGCAUAGGGAAGCUGAUGAAGAAGCACAACCUACAAACUAUCUACAGACCCACGAAGAAAAUCCAACAAAUGCUACGGUCAGCGAAGGACAAGAGGGAUCCUCUCUCUUCUGCAGGAGUCUACCGGAUACCAUGCAGCUGUGGACAAGUCUACAUAGGGACCACCAAACGCAGCGCCCAAACAAGAGUCAAAGAACAUGAAAGGCACUGCAGACUAAUUCAACCAGAGAAAUCAGCCAUAGCAGAGCAUUUGAUGAACCAGCCUGGACACAGAAUACUAUUUGAGAACACAAAAAUGCUGGACCAUUCUAACAACUAUCAUGUCAGACUACACAGAGAAGCCAUUGAAAUCCACAAGCAUGUGGACAACUUCAACAGAAAGGAAGAAACCAUGAAAAUGAACAAAAUCUGGCUACCAGUAUUACAAAACUCAAAAAUCAGAACAGUAAAUAAAAAGCAAUACUCGAAAAACAGAGGGUUUCCAGACAUGAAUCAACCAAGGGCAGUUAACGACUCUAAACAAAGGAUGCCCCAGAGGCAGGAAGAAGACAGCAGAUAAGCUUUUCAAUGCUAAUUUAAGUGAUUAACUACACAUUCACACUGACCUCUCUCACCCUAGACUUUCCACAGAUAUAUAUUAACCUCUUUGCUUAGUUUUCUCCAUACCUCACAACCUCUGAGGAUGCCUGCCAUAGAUGUGGGCGAAACGUCAGGAGAGAAUGCUUCUGGAACAUGGCCACACAGCCCGAAAGACAUACAACAACCCUGUGAUCCCGGCCAUGAAAGCCUUCGACAACACAUUGAACAUCUCUACGGGGAGAAAUUGUUCCAAGACACACGGAGAUUGGAAAAACUAAGGACCAGGAAAGCACAUCUGCUGUGCUCCCUGACCUUCCUUCUACGCUGCAGAGACACAGAUACCAUCCCACAAUUUCUUGCAGCCAAAAGGACCUUCAAAACACCACAGGCUCAUCGCAUUUACAACCGCCUGGAACGCAACCUCUUGAGAGAGAGAAUCCACACCAUCCGUAAAGAACUCGCAAACACAGACAAAGAACUGCUGCACCUCCACAUCAACAUCAGCCAAAAGAUGAAUACCCAGGACUGGGAUAAAAUAGACAGCCUUACCUACAAGAAAAUGGAGAAAGACAUGGUUCUCCACACCAAGAGACAAAAACAAAAAUUUGACAAAUGCCGUAAGCAACAGCCAAAGCCAGAACUGGAUAAAUCACGGACCAUCAUCAACCUGACAGACAGACAACUCACUGAAGACCAAGUAUCCAUUCUAGAAAAAGGAGGAAAUUUUGCAGUCACCACCACCAGGAUCCCAGUAGAAAACAUCAUUGCCAAUGUUGAAUCAGCAAUUUACCAGCUCCCUGAGGAAGAAGCAGAGGAAGUAAGAAUGGAAACAGCAAGGAUCCUGAGAAAUGCAAAACUCCCCCCCAGCAACAUAACGAGAAAAGAAAGACAGGCCAUCAAAGAUCUCAACUCAGAUCCUGAAAUCAUCAUUCUUCCAGCUGACAAGGGGAAUGCCACAGUAAUCAUGGAAACAAAACAAUACAAAGAAAAAAUCAGACAACUUCUAGAUCCCACAAUUUACAAGAAACUGAAACAAGACCCCACUAACAAAAUCACCAGAAAAACGAACACUCUAAUCAAGAACUCCUCCAUUAACUUUGACAUACGCCAACAGCUGUGCAAAUCAGAAGCCCUCCCACCCAGGCUUUACGGACUCCCCAAAAUCCACAAGGACUCCAUCCCACUCAGACCCAUUGUAAGUGCCAUUGGAUCGCCGACUUACAACCUGGCAAAAUUUCUGGCUACACAGCUACAAACCCACAUUGGGCUCACUGCACAUUAUAUCAAGGACUCUACACACUUUAUAGAAAAGAUCAGCAACCUCAAUCUAAGCACCAAGGACAUCCUGAUCAGCUUUGAUGUGGUGUCCCUUUUUACCAAAGUCCCAGUAGCUGACACCCUCACACUAAUCAAACAAAACUUCCCAGAAGACAUCACAGCCCUGUUUCACCAUUGCCUCACCACUAGCUACUUUCAGUGGGACACUGGAUUCUAUGAACAGAAGGAUGGAGUGGCCAUGGGGAGCCCUCUCAGCCCAGUAGUAGCAAAUUUCUAUAUGGAAUACUUUGAAAAACAGGCCCUAGAAACAGCACCAAAAAAGCCAACUGUUUGGUUCAGAUACGUAGAUGACACCUUCACAAUUUGGAGCCAUGGAGAGGAAGAACUCAGCAAGUUCCUGGACCAUCUUAACAGCAUCCACCCAAACAUCCAAUUCACCAUGGAAAAAGAAAAGGAAGGAAAACUGCCAUUUCUAGAUGUUCUGGUCAUCCGCAAACCCAAUCAACAAUUGGGCCACACAGUUUACAGAAAACCUACACACACAGAUAGAUACCUUCAUAAAAACUCCAACCAUCACCCAAGUCAAAAAAGGAGCACAAUCAAAGCCCUGACAGACCGUGCACAAAGAAUCUGCGAACCUCACCUCCUCCAAGGUGAACUCAACCACCUAAACUGGGCUCUACAGGCCAAUGGAUACUCCACCACAGACAUCAGAAGAGCUGCAAGGCCAAGAACAAGCCAGGAGAGUCAAGACAAAGAUCCACCCAGAGGAAAGGUGUUCUUACCAUACAUCAAGGGAACUACUGACCGCAUAGGGAAGCUGAUGAAGAAGCACAACCUACAAACUAUCUACAGACCCACGAAGAAAAUCCAACAAAUGCUACGGUCAGCGAAGGACAAGAGGGAUCCUCUCUCUUCUGCAGGAGUCUACCGGAUACCAUGCAGCUGUGGACAAGUCUACAUAGGGACCACCAAACGCAGCGCCCAAACAAGAGUCAAAGAACAUGAAAGGCACUGCAGACUAAUUCAACCAGAGAAAUCAGCCAUAGCAGAGCAUUUGAUGAACCAGCCUGGACACAGAAUACUAUUUGAGAACACAAAAAUGCUGGACCAUUCUAACAACUAUCAUGUCAGACUACACAGAGAAGCCAUUGAAAUCCACAAGCAUGUGGACAACUUCAACAGAAAGGAAGAAACCAUGAAAAUGAACAAAAUCUGGCUACCAGUAUUACAAAACUCAAAAAUCAGAACAGUAAAUAAAAAGCAAUACUCGAAAAACAGAGGGUUUCCAGACAUGAAUCAACCAAGGGCAGUUAACGACUCUAAACAAAGGAUGCCCCAGAGGCAGGAAGAAGACAGCAGAUAAGCUUUUC